GCUCCGCAACGCGCGCCGCAGAGCCCAGAGAGCAGGAUCUGGUCUCACCGGUACUCCAAAAAGAAAAUUCCUAUCCCUGCCGGGCCGCGGGAAGUGAACAAUUUUCAUUCCACAGCGCCGGGCGGAGUGCCGGCCGCUGCCCGCACUGCAACGGCGGCUACCGCAUGACCGGAAGCCCAGCCAAGUUCAGAGCCAAGCCCGAAAGGAAGAGAAGGCAAUCCGUUUAGUCAGUCAAUCCAGCAGUGGUCAGCAGCAGCAUCGGGAGGUGCACGACGACGGAGGAUAACGGAGUGCGUUUCUGUGCUUGGAGCUGCUUGUGCUCGGUGAAAAGAAUCAAACGCGGUGCGAUGAGUGGCCUUUGAGUGACCCCGUGCUGUUUUCUGUGUUUUCGCGUCAGUGCGAAGUGAUCGUGUUCUCUCUAUUCGUGCGCCGUCCCUCGUCUCGCCAGCAGAUCUUCUCGGAGGAAUAAUAUGGAUUCGUGAGAGCGCACCAUGCUGAAGCUGGCCGGCCUAUGAUGGCAUCCCUGUCGCCUACGGAUAUCUCGCGGCGAAACCCCCAGGAUGAGUACGAACUGGUGCAGCGGGUCGGCAGCGGCACUUACGGCGAUGUCUACAAGGCGAAGAGGCUAUCCACCGGUGAGAUGGCGGCCAUCAAAGUCAUCAAGUUGGAGCCAGGUUGGCGCUAUGGGACAUGGGACGAGUUUGGAGUCAUCCAGCAGGAAAUCCUGAUGAUGAAGGACUGCCGGCACCCGAACAUCGUGGCCUACUUCGGCUCCUACUUGCGGCGGGACAAGCUCUGGAUUUGCAUGGAGUACUGCGGAGGAGGAUCCCUACAGGACAUCUACCACAUCACGGGUCCCCUGAGUGAGCAGCAGAUAGCGUACAUGUGCCGGGAGACGCUCAAAGGGAUUGCCUACCUGCACUAUGUGGGCAAGAUGCACCGGGACGUCAAGGGCGCCAACAUCCUCCUGACCGACGAUGGUGACGUCAAGCUCGCCGAUUUUGGCGUGUCUGCCCAGAUCACUGCCACCAUCAGCAAGCGGAAGUCUUUCAUUGGAACACCUUAUUGGAUGGCGCCCGAGGUAGCAGCUGUGGAGCGCAAGGGUGGCUACAACCAGCAGUGCGACAUCUGGGCGGUGGGCAUCACGGCCAUUGAGCUGGCGGAGCUGCAGCCACCAAUGUUUGACCUGCACCCCAUGCGGGCCCUCUUCCUCAUGUCCAAGUCGGGCUUCAAGCCACCCCAGCUCAAGGACAAGGUCAAAUGGUCCCAGAACUUCCACCACUUUGUCAAGGUGGCCCUGACCAAGAACCCCAAGAAGAGGCCCACAGCCGAGCGGUUACUCAUGCACCCCUUCCUCAACGGAGACCACCUGACCAAGCGACUGGCACGGGAACUCCUAGAGAAAGUCAACAACCCGCACAACAACUACGCUGAACUGGACCCCGACGAUGAUGGGAUCCUGUACAACGUGCCACAAAGGAUUGCAUCCCAGCGGUCUGCAAGGACAGCGGAAAGGGCGCAUUCAGAACUCAACAUGGACAAUGUCAGCUUUGAACAACGAGUUUUCACGGAGCUUGGUGACUCGACAAAUCAGAAUGCACCGGUGCACAACGGCCAGGGGAACAACCACUACGACCUGGCAACAGCGUGGAUGGAGCGUGACAGCGAGACGGAGGAGAUUCAACGUGCUGGGCCGAUUGCGGCUGCGGCUGCUUACGACGUGGAUGACGACACUGAGGCGAAAUUUUGUGCUGCCCUCAGGAGCCUGCUGGAGAUUGUGGACGAGGAGCUGCGGCACAGUCAGCUGCUGCCCUUGUGCGAGCAGGGUGCUCAAAAGUGCGCCGACCUUUCGUGCAGGGGUCACACUGAGAGGUUGUCUGACCAGGACCUCAAGUACUCACAACAGGCCACACUUCCAAUGGACAAGGCGGACAAUGCAGAGCCGUGGCCAUCGGGUCCACCACACGAGAAUGGUCAUGGUGUACACGACAGCCGAGGUGACGGCAACGCUGCCAGGGACGGCACAUUGGAGGCCAUUGCCAGCACGACGAGGCUACCAGCCACAAGUUACGCCAUGCUCGAGACCGACAUCCUAGGAGACAGUCCAGAGGACCACAAUGUCCGGGAGGGCAGCGUGACCCCAACAGGGACGCUGGAAGGGCCCGGGGCAGCGGAAGAGGAGACCCUUUCCGAGACGGAGGCCCCCUCGAGGGACGCAGCGGGGCGCCCGGAGGCCCCACCGCGCAAGAAGGAGAAGAGGCGGUCGCACCUGGUGCCCAACCUCCCCGUGCAGAAGCCCGUAAGCAAUGGCCUUCCGCCAACGCCCAAGGUGCACAUGGGUGCCUGCUUCUCCAAGGUGUUCAACGGCUGCCCCCUCAAGGUCCUCUGCAGCACCAGCUGGAUUCACCCCGAGACAAGGGAUCAGCACAUCCUGUUUGGCUGUGAGGAGGGCAUCUACACGCUCAACCUCAAUGAGAUUCAUGACUCCUGUGUGGACCAGAUCUUUCCCCGAAGGACAUCUUGGAUGUUUGUCAUCAAGGAUGUGCUCAUGUCAUUGUCAGGCAAGAACCAGCAACUGUACAGGCAUGACCUUGCUGCACUCCACGCAAGAGCCGGGCAGCGAUUCGGCUUGCCUGUCGGCCGGCUACCUGAGCGACUAGUUCCCCGGCGGUAUGCAGCCACUACCAAGGUGGCAGACACCAAGGGUUGCAUGCGGUGCUGCGUGGGUCGCAACCCGUACAAUGGCUACAAGUACCUGUGCGGGCUGUCCCCCCAGGGGGUCUUCCUAAUGCAGUGGUACAACCCACUUGCCAAGUUCAUGCUGCUCAAGCAAUUUGAGUGCAUGGUUCCGGCGCGGUUAAGCGUGUUUGAAAUGAUUAUCACGCCUGACCUGGACUACCCUAUCCUCUGUGUUGGUGUCCGGAAAGGGUAAGUUGCAUUCCGUGACCAAGUGACCAUUACAGCACUUUAGAUGUCAUCAU